UACGCUGUUGACGAACAGAUGGAUUAAUUCUCUGAAUGUCUUGUUUGUCUCUGAAUCUCGUCUUCUUUUGUUAGCAGACAGCAGUGUAGUUCAAUUUUACGAAUCGACUAGCUCCUGUUGUCAAACAAAGUACUGUAAACACAAAGAAUGAGUUUGUGGUUCAUGUCAUGUCUGAAUUUAUGUUCCGUGAAAGUAAAAUAAUGAAGCUUUGAGUAACUCGAGGAAGCAUUUGAUGAUUCAAGAGUCUUAUUCAUUCAUUAAUAUGCAUUGUAUUCUUUAUUAAGAGAGUAUGGAGAUGCCUUUUUAGUUACGUAACAAAUACACAAGUAAAGAUAGGUGUAGAGAGAAAAACCAGUCAAUCUUGUUGUUAGUCACACAUUUUUCUUUACAAGGUCAUACUCCCAACGGUUGUAUUAUAAACUUGGUUGACAUUUAUUCAGGAAGCACAAUGGACACUGCAACAAAUACUAGGCCUUUACUUCAACAAAGUGAAACGGACAGUGAUUUUGAAGAUGAUUUACAAGUUGACAGGUCUCUUGAAAAUUUAGACAGUGAAGUGGUUGUAGUUACAAAGGAUACAAAGCCUUUAUUCAAAUCAAGGGAACCAAAUGACAGAUUCAAUGCAGUCUACAUAACAUUUUAUCUACUUGGGACUACAGUUUUAUUGCCAUGGUUUUUCUUUAUUACAGCAGAAGAGUACUGGAUGUACAAAUUCCGCAAAUUACCAGGAAAUCUUACAUCAAUCAUAGGAACAGAAGAAAAAACCGACCUCCAAGCAUCCUUCAACUCCUAUAUCAGCAUAGCUUCUACAGUGCCGAGCACAAUAUUUCUCAUCAUUUACCCGAUGUGCAGUCACAAAAUUCCAUUGAAUGUACGGAUGGUUGGGUCAUUCGCCUCUUUGUUGGUUUUCUUCAUCGUGACCACAGUUUUUGUGGAAAUCAACACUGACCAAUGGCAAGACACGUUUUUCUUGCUGACCAUUGUUAUUGUGGUUCUUCUUAAUAUUGCCAGUGCCAUCCUACAAAGUGCACUGUUCGGCAUCGUGGGACGGUUCCCCGCACGCUACAUCACUGCCACUGUGAGUGGACAGGCACUGGGUGGCGUGUUGGCAGCACUGGCUGAGAUCGUGUCGCUCUGGGUGGGCGCUUCGCCCGUCAGAAGUGCUCUAGUCUACUUCGUCAUGGCUGACACGUUCAUCCUUAUCGCUAUGUUUGGCUACCUGCUCGUCUCUAAGACAGUAUUCUUCAAGUAUUAUCUUAUGGACUCUGUGGACUAUGGUCCUGUCAAUGAACCUCCAAUUGUUAGACAACUCAACUAUGGGGCUAUACUCAAAAAGAUCUGGGUGCAAGGCAUGUCGGUGUGGUUCUGUUUCGUGGUGACUCUCUCGCUCUACCCGGCCAUCACUGCUCUAGUCACCCCCGAGUUUGAGGACUGCAACUCUGAUUGGAAUCAGAUCUAUUUUGUGCCUGUAGUGGCGUACCUGUUGCUGAGCGUCAUGGACUAUUUGGGCAGAAUCUUUUCUGGGCUCUUGGAAUGGCCAAAACAAGGGUGGUUGGUGAGCUUGCUCAGUUUCUUGCGGAUCAUUUUCUUCCCUCUGCUCUUGCUGUGUAACGCACAGCCCAGGCAUCACCUCCCUGUCCUCAUACACGCAGACUACUGGUUCAUCUUGAUCGUGGUUGUCUUUGGAUUCACAAACGGCUACAUGGUCAACACCACCAUGAUCAGUGCACCAAAACUUGUGGAGGCAUAUGAGCAGGAGACUGCAUCGUCGAUGAUGGCUGCAUUCCUGGGAGUGGGCCUGGCCUGUGGCUCAUUCCUCAGCCUGUUUCUUGUCAAGCUACUCUAAGAAGAUGUGUCAUUGUCACGUAUCAUGUCAGAUGAUCUCUACUCUACUCAAUUCAUCUUCAAUGUUAUUGAAAUGCUUGUGAUAUUUUAUUACUGUAGGACUAUUCUAAUUUUUAUGUUGACUUAAUUUUUGGAAUAAUUUUGUCAUUUAUUUUUAAGGUAAAAUAAUAUUUAACAGUUAAAUAUUUCACCCUGUCUAUACAGAAGUACAAUUUUUUAAGUUAUUAACUAGGUAAAUAAUAUUUAAGUCGUAUUUACUUGAUAUAGUUUAGAAUUUUUUUGCCAUUUAUUGAGUUUGAUGGAAAAGUGCUGAUUUUACUAUAAAGAAAGAUCUGAAAAUCACUGUAGAUUUGUGAUUGUAGUUUAAUUUGGUUGCAGAAAUGUUUUAAUAUUGAACAUAGGACAGUCAUACUUCAUUAUAAUUUGUACCAGAAUUGUUUAGGUUUUAUAAUCUAAUAUUUAAUACUUAUCUGUUCAGAAAGGUAAUUUUUAUGUUGCAUUAUUUUGUUUUAAAAGAAACAAAAGGUUCUAUUAUUUUAAAAGAGUGAAUUAUCAGUCAGUCUAACCUGCACAAUAAUAUUCUGAUGAUAUUCGAUGUUGGGUUGCAAUAUCCCAGAUGAUCACCAGAUCUUCCCACCAUGAUGUGGGUACAGUCACAUACUCUUUGUGUGAUUUACUGUAUGUUUUCUGAACGUAAUCCAAUGUACGUAUAUUUGUUUGCAAUAUAUGUUGAGAUGUAUCAGUAAUUUAUCAUACAAUAAUAAAUAUUAAUCAGUGUCGGGCACAGGUGACCAUAAAACUAUUUUGGUGUAGGGUGCUCUAAGUGUUCAAUGUUUAUUGUUGUAAUUUCCUAAGACAAAUAUUUAUUACUCACUAUCAAUAAUUUAAAUAACAACUUAGUUACUUUUAUAUUAUUUUAUAACGUUUAUGCAUGUGUAUUUUAUAUUUUUAUUAGGUCUAUAUAAUUGAAUAAUAUCCGUCAAGAUGAAUGUAAACAAUUAUUAUUUUAUAGUUGUAAUAAUAAUUGUUGCUGUUUUCAUGUUGUCAUCAAAUAUGUACCACUCACUGUAUAUGUUAUAUUCCAUUACAAGCGGUUUUGGGUACAAAGUUUUUAUUACGUCACUUCAAUUUUCAAUCAAUUUUAAUUUCAAGUAUAAAUGGUUACCAUUUUCUGAAUGACAAGGAUUUUUUUUCAAUUCAAUUUUACGUAAGAUUUAUCCUUAAUUUUAUAUUUUUUCUUAAUUCUUUCUGAUAAUAUUCUCUACACAAUGGAACCAGCUUAAGUUUUCCGCAUACAAUAUUUUCCUGCCUAUAAUGUCCAUUUGUUGUUUCACUGGAUAAAAUCAGGCAAUGUUAGUGCAAAAAAAGACUGUAAUGUUUUCCCGCAAAUCACUGGUUUUAGCUCUGCAUGUUAUGUGUUAUAUAUGUUUUACGUAGAAGGUUACAUGGCAGCAUGCCGCCCACCCCCGAGGGUGCCAUGACCACCGCCGGGGUUACAUCAGGGGAGCAGGAUGGGAAACUAAUCUGGAAAAACUCUCUGUCGCAUAUAAAGAUUCCCGCUUAUAGCGGUGAUGCAGGCUGUCAAAGUGGGAAAACGUAAUAUGUGGGUUUCACUGUACUAAUCUUCAUUGAACAAAUUGCCUGUGUAUUAGGCUUUCCAUUUCCAGUGUUGUUUCUUGUGUAGCUAACACACUCCUUUCAAUUUAUCAUUCAUUUCACCAUUUUAUCAUAGAUAAUCCAUUAUUUUGUAAAUGUUUUUAACAAUUGAUGUAUUUUCUGUCCAAAGUGGCAUUUAAUUAUUAUUUCCAUGUCGUGUUCAUUUAAUUCCUGCCAUUUUCAUUAUAUUAUGAUUGUGUUCAUUUUUUUAUUUUAUGUACGGUAUGUUUAAUUUUUUUAUCAGUGUAAUAUUGUUUUCUGCUAUAUUAUUUGGAUACUACAAUUUUAAUUUAUGUAAAAUGAUUACAAACGGUGAAAAUUUUACUUGUAUUGUAUUAAUAUACUGUAUCAAUGUGCAAAGAUGUUUUGUAAUUAAUUUAUUUUUAUUCUUUACAAUAAUUAAACAUUUUUUUAUAUAUAUUUUGGAAUAGAUUAGAACGUUUACGUACUAUUAAGAAGUACUAAAAUUAUAAAGAUUACAAAACAGAUUUUAACAGGAAAAAUUAUUUAUGAACAGAAAAAUCUUUAAAAAUAAAUGUUUAAAAAGUGAAACAUUUUGCUCUUUAAUCUUUUUCUUGUUGGAAAUCAUUUAUUUCUUGAGUUGUACAUUUUUAAACUUAUGGUAUACAAAUGUUCACUUAGUCUAAUUUCUAUAUUGUUAAUCAAACUCUUCAUUUUGAUUGAAUAGACUGUGCAUCAAAUAUUGUGUUAUACAAUUUUUUCAUAUAAUAUUCAUCUGAGUUGUGUACUUAUUAGUUGAAAAUAUGGUUAGUUUUUUAAUGUUGGUGUUCAUUUUUUAUUUGAUCAUAUAUCUUACUAGUACAAAUGUUAUUUUUGCUUAAUACACUAGAGAUCUGAUUAUCCAAACAUGAGGGGAACAAAUCUCUUUUGGAGACUUAAAUUUCAAAAUCCAGAAACCUACUGCCUCGUGUUAAUGUGUGCUAGUGAUAACAAACCACUUUCACAUUUCAUGUGCAUUUCCUUCAUUCAAAUAAAUUUUACAAAACUGUUUUGCCGAAAGCCGAUACAAUGUGUAUACAGUAAAAUCCUUCCUGACCCAGCUGGGAUCACUUCUGGCUGGUUUAUACAUACCAGUUGAACCUACCACUGGGCACAGCAAAAACCGAUGUGCCACUUUAAUCUGGGCAACCUUAUGGAUGUCCAGUAGCGGCACAUCACUAACCGCA